GGCCCAAAACUGGCGUCCCAGGGUCGCGAAGCGGGCUCCCGGUCCGGUUCACGUUCCGGCUCACGUUCCGGUUCACGUUCCGCAUCGCACAGCUCCGGUUCGCGGCAUCCCGGAAGUUUAACGAAAACUCGGCGUAGAACAACACCACCUUACUACGCAUCAUCAACAAUAAAUACGACUACGACGACGACGAAGACGACAACAACGGCUACGAAAACGGCUCGUAGCAAUGGAGGAGGGGGAUCCCUCUCUAGCAGAGGAAGCGCAAAUGGAACGCAAUGCGGCCUUUGCGCCGUGGUUACUGCACUUUUUCGUAGGGCGAUGUGUAUCGCUGGAAGCAGACGUGGUUCCGGUGAAUCUUGUUAUCAAGAGCUUGCACCGGAUAUUCAUCAAGAAAUUUGUGCAUCCUCUUCGACGAAAACAACCACGAUUACUACGACCACCACCACAACAACAACAGCUACCGCUGCUGCUGCCGUUGUUGUUGCCGCUGCUGCUGCUGCUGCUGCUGCUGCUACUACUACUGCUGCUGCUACUGUUGCUUCUUCUUCUUCUUCUUCUUCUGCUAUUGUUUCAUCAACAGUUAACACUAUUCCAAACAUCACUGAUAUAAUUUCAACAACAACAACUACUGCUACCAUUACUACUGCUAUUAGUACUACUACCACUACUGUUACCACUACUACUAUUACAUCUACGACGCAUCGUCAUUCUAGACGAAGCUCACCGACGGAGACUGCUAGCCUCAAGGUCGACGAGCUCGGUGCCUGUGUUAAGGAGGCCGUGCAAGCGCAAGAGAGGCGGUCUGCCGAAAUAACUGUGAAUAGCGAGGAACAGAAUGGAGUAUAUGUGCGAAUCAGUGAAGAUGCCGCAGUACCAUCAAACGAAUCAACGGAUGACGUCAAGUUGCAACCAGAGGAACCGGAAGCAGCAUCCACGAGACGUUUAUCGGACGUCGACCGAAUUCUAUUGGAGAGUUUGGACAUUACACGAUCCAGGAUAAAACGUACUGGCAGAUUUUUAACGAUGCAUAAAAGAAGACGUAAAAGGUUACUCACAAGAUCUCUCAAUCAAGAACCAGCUAUCUUGGAUGACAUUUUUCAUGGUCUAGUUCAGUGUAUUUUGCAAAAAGCCGGAAACUGGCGAUUUAACGCUUUCACGUUGGAAACAGUGACGGGUGGACGUUCUCUGCCAGUAUUAUGCGUUCAUCUCUUUCAUUGGUACGGGCUUCUCGAAUAUUUUCAUUUAGACGUCGUCACGGUAUGGAAACUCUUUGCUUUUAUCGAAGAGGGUUAUCACAGUACAAAUCCUUACCACAACAGUAUACACGCGACGGAUGUGACUCAGGCUAUGCAUUGUUUCCUCCAAGAAGAAAAAAUCAGAACGCACUUAACCCAUUUAGAAAUUAUGGCUUCCUUGAUAGCUGCAGUAACGCACGAUUUGGAUCACCCGGGUGUAAAUCAACCGUUUCUUGUAGCAACGAGCAAUCAUCUGGCGGCAUUAUAUCAGAAUACGUCGGUUCUGGAGAAUCAUCACUGGAGGUCAGCCAUAGGAUGUCUUAUAGAAAGCGGUGUAUCCGAUCAAUUACCAGUUGACGUAAGAUCGGAACUUCAAUGUCAUAUCAGUUCGUUGAUUUUGGCUACGGAUAUCACAAGACAACAGGAAUUCCUUACACGUUUUAGGCAUUACCUGGAUGAAAACACAUUGGAUAUGAGGAAAUCGGAUAAUCGUCAUUUCAUAUUGCAAAUAGCAUUAAAAUGUGCGGAUAUAUCGAAUCCCUGUAGGCCCUGGGAUAUAUCAAGGAAAUGGUCCUAUAAAGUUUGCGAAGAAUUCUUUCGUCAAGGUGAUUACGAGCGUCGUUUAAAUUUACCUGUAACGCCCUUGUGCGAUCGACACUCAACGAGUAUUCCAAAAAUUCAAGUCGGAUUUUUCAAGUUCGUCGUAACCCCAUUGUACGAGGAAUGGCAUCGUUUUCUUGGCGAUGGUCUGAGCGUUUCAUUGAUGGAAUAUCUACGUAGCAAUCAAAAGAAAUGGGAAACUCUUAUCGCUCAAGAAACUGCCGAAGAUGCGGAGACUGAAAUUUCCGAGUUGGAGGAGGUUGAUGUUAUUAGUUCUGGGGAAGAACUAACUGCGGAAGAUGAUUCAGGAAGCAUAGAUUUAUUGAUUCCAACGGCAUACAUACAAGGUGCUCGAAGGCCCAGUUUACCAGGAAAAGCUAUAUUUGGUCGAGUUGGUAGACGUCAUUCUGUACCUCUAAGCGUAUCAAAGCCGUUAUCCUUAUCGAUUCAAAAUGCAGAUAGGAGGGAUAGUUUCCCGAGCGAACACGGUAAUAAAUCAAAGAAUCAUUUGAUUAAAUUGAAGGAUCUACAUCUUUUGGAGCCGAGUACAUUGUCAUUGUUAUCGUCUAAAAAUAGUAUUACUGGUGAUAUGUCGGAAAAAUCAAGUAUCGCGGAGAGACCGGUCAGCGCAGAAAAUCUUUUACCCGAACCCAGUAUAGCUAGUAUAACAAACAGUAGCGAAGCAUCGAGAUUAAGUACGGUCCUUCAGUCAGACAAUCAGAAAGUUGGUGUUGGUAGUUGUGGUGGUAGUGGUGGUACGCAAACUAAACAAUUGACAAGACAACAAACUUUCCCACCGUUACAACCAUACGCAAGAAUGAGAUAUAUGUCGGCAACCGCUGAAUUGUCACAAUGUUACACUCAAGUUCUAAUGGAGACCGAUAGUGUUUCCAGUUCUUCUUCGAGUCCAACCAAAGAUAAAUCUUGUUCUGGUGGUCGUUGUGGUACACCACCAGUACUCGACGCGGAUUUAAUUUCAUUGAAAAAAACGAACGGCGUUAAGUCAUCGAAGGAAUCUCUUACCACGGAUAUAUUGAACAGAAAGAGAGCGUCCGUGUUUACGGAAUUAAAUCGGCAAAAACUCGAGUCUGGUGUUAGCGCUGAACAUCCGCGACGACAUUCGAUGCAAGUUGCUCGUAACGAUGAUUUCAACGCGACUAAACAAACGCGACACAAACGACCAUCCUCCGCUCAGGGAAUUGACUCUACGGAAGUGUUUUAUGCUUCGUUAACUGGCUCGCACAGCAAUAAGGAUUCGACUAGUGAUAUGCAAAAGAUAGAAUCCAAUUUGGAAAUUAAGCCUAGUACGACGAAAUUACCUUCCGAAGAAAUACGUAAUAUUUUGGCUAAUAAAAUAUCCGAACAUACUUUAGUUCAUCAUCAUAUUAUUCACAUUAAGAACACGGAUUCGGAAUUACGUAGAUAUUCAACACCCGUAACCGAACCUAAACCAUUAAUUGAUAAUACCGGUAGGCGAUUCACUACGAUACCUGUGUCUUCUGAGCUUCCCACUCAUAAAUUUUUCAUCGGCAGUCCACCUGACUCCCCUCCACGAGUUCAAAGUGUAUCCUCUUCGAGCGAUAGUGGUAGUGAACCAAAAAAAAAUAUCCUUGAUUCCACUAUCGGUGAAAGUGCAGUUACUCCAACUAACAAAAAGGAUUCUGAUUAUGUGAGAGAAAAAGUUUUCAAAAUUCCUAAGCUAAAUUUCGAUGUGCAAAUGAAAGAGAAUGUCGAUCCACGUGGCGUCGAAGAAUCUAGCAAAAAUAUCGCUUUAUCGCGAAAAAACAGUCAGGGCUUGGAAAAGAGACGUGGUUCAGCGCCAGUAGCGUUAUUAUCAAGAUUAGAUGAUUUUACAAUGACUUCUAUGCAGCCAAAAGUAGACCAUAGUUGCAGACGUGGUUCUGUGCCAGCCGACAUUACUAGGCAUCAAGAUAGUUCAACAAAAGCAGGAUUUAAUCGUUUAGCAUUGGGACCACGAGAAGAAAACCUUCCCGCACCCAGAAGAGCUAGUCUUCCGCAAGAAGCUGCACUGAAGAAUAUUCUUGGAAAUGUGUUUUCCUUAUCCAAUGAAAGAGAAAAUUGUCCAUUGAUAAAUAAUAACAAUAAUAAUAACAAUAAUACAGAAAGUAGUAACAAUAAUGGAACAAACAAAGUAUUUGAUAUUACUGCACCUGGUCCUGGUAUGCCAUCACCUAGGAGAGGUUCAAUACCAGCAGAUAUAUCUGAGUUACGACGGGAAUUAUUUAGCAAAAGUGGUAACGUCAAUGGGAAACCUCGUAACCGGAAGAAAUUAAAGAGAAGAAGUAGCGGCGGACCAGAGAUGUUCGCAGGAAGUAUCGUCGAAGGAAAUGACAUUGGAACAUCCCAUAAAUGGAAGAGAGAACUUGGAAAGAGAGAUUCUGUUCCUGAACCACUCGUUAAACGGCGAGGUUCACUGCCCCUAGAUAUGGUAGCCGCUUCUCAUGCUGGAUCAGCAUCGGGAGUCCGAAGAUCCAGCCUGUGGAGGUUUUAGGUAGAAAGAGAAGAAGGCAUCAACAACAUCAUCAACAUCGGUCGACCAACACGAUGCAAUUCUUUCUCUGGAAUACCAGCUCUCCACUGGUGACACUUGGUUCUUGAAUUGAAUGAUCGGAUAUGAAGCAAGUAUAUUCUUCUAACCCAUGACGUGUUAAACAUGAACAAGUGCAAGUUCUAUAAACACUCAGCCAAAAUAUUGACAUUAGUUGUUACACAGCAGCAGCAACAGCAGUAAAAUACAAUAACAAGGCUUUAAUGGAAAUUCUAUUUUCAUUGUGUGAUGAUGAUGAUGAUAAUAAGUUAUUAUGAUGAUCGUAUUGAAAUUAUAAUAGUAAUCUUACGUUUCUUUCUACUACAAAACAACAUAAAUCAAUCAAAAGCAUGCGUUGUAAAACGUAUUUAUCGGUUUCAAGUAUUAUAUAUUUGUAUUGUUAAGAUUUAACAUUGAAAAUAUGAAAUAAUUAUCGAAUUAGGGAGGGAGAAAGAGAGAAAUACGAUCAUGAGAGGAUGACUAAGGAAAAAAGCAGAGAGAGAAUUAAACAAGCGAUAAUAUUAUAUUGAAGUCUUCCUUGCGCCUAUAUGGAAGAAAAGUAAAAAAACAAAAAUAAAAUAAAAUAAAGUGUUCUCAUUAAGGGAAACAAUGUGAAACGUAAUAAUGUGCGUGUCACAUUAAUUUGUGCCAUACGCCAAAUUUUGCUAAGAUACGCUAAAUAAUACAUUUGUGUGAUCUGGCAAAAGAAGAAGAAGAAGAAGAAAAAAAAAGAAACUCUUACAUUAGUACGCAACUGCGUGCCCGCAGCUCAAGUCAAAUAUGAUAUAAUAAAUAUGCUCGUGUGUUUACUAAGAAUUUAAAAAGAAUAAAAAAAAAAAUUAUACACAGUCAUACACAGGGUUCAAUAUGACGAUUUUAAUAAUAAUAAUAAUGAAAUAAUAAUAAUUACAAAAAAAAAUAUAUAAAAAUAUAAAAAAUAAAAAAAGCCUAGAUAUGGAGAAGAAGAAAAGACUGGUAGAGAAACUCUCUCGACGCUAUAGAAAUAGACGAUUUAAUGAAAGAAUUUAGAUUGAGAAAAGCGAAGCGUGAUAUCUUCGUUUAUUAUUAUUACUAUUAUUAUUAUUAUUAUAAUAUAUUAGAUUAAAUUAAAUUUUUAAUUAUAAAAUGAAUAUAUAAUUCUACUAAAACGCCGGAGUAAUAUUAUUUACGAUUGGUUGUUUCGAACGAGCCUUCAAUUAAUUACUAUUGACUUACAAUUAAUCUGGAAAUUUUUUAUGGGUUCAAAUUUGCUGUUCGAAAUUAUACAUUUUUGUUCAUUUAUUUAUAAAUGUACGUGUGUGUAUAUUAAAAAUAUAGUCACACAAGAGAGACAAGUUCAUCCAAUUUCUUAUAUGAUUGAAUAGUAGCAUCUAACGUAAGCAUAAAACAAAAUGAAACAAAAAAGCUAUUUAAGCUGGUUUUCAUAGGCAUAUAUACUCAACCAUAGGGGAAAGAGGGGAAAGAAAAAUGAUUUCCUUUUACCAUUCAAAUACCACCAGGAGUAGAAAAAGUUGGUAGACAUUCCGCUGGAAAAAGUAGUAGUAUACAUUGUAUAAAGUAAUGUUUAAGAGUGAAUUAUAGUAAUUACUAGUUAUGAAACUAAUACUAUAUUGUCAUCAUUGAUUUUCAUCAAUCUCAUUGUCAUAGUCUUAUCAUUAUAUUGUAAUUACAAAUAGUAUCCCGAAGAUGUUAGCAUAGAUAGACAUUGGAAGUAUAAAUUAUAAUACGACGAGCAUGAUUCAUCUUGAAAUUAAUAGUGAAUUAAUUGUUUUGAUGAUUUCUUAGCAAUAAAAACAAAAAAAUAA